AUGAGAUUCCUCAGCAUCGCCGCUGGGCUGCUGUCAACAAGCUGCAGCAUACUAUUAUGCGCUGCGGAGGCCACCAAAGGACAAUUGGUCCUGGGCAAUGAUUUCAAACCGCCACAGGUCUUUAAGAAUACGAAUCUAGUGCGAAACACCAAUUUGGAGAAGGGCUAUGUUCGUGAAACGAUCAAUGUGGUGGUGCAGAAUACAGACAAGCAGCCCCAAAGCGAUUACUAUCUCCCGUUCCCAUCUGAUGUGUUCGGCCGCAUUGGGGGGUUCGAGGUGCGCGAUAAGAAAUCCCCUGGAAAAGGGAGCUUCCCAGUGACUGCUGUGGCGGUCGAGGACAGCGACUCUCACUUCUAUAAGAUCCGGUUCCUCGAGCCCUUAUCUCCAUCCUCACAGACUACUCUCAGCAUCUCAUAUUAUAUUCUGGGCUCUUUCAGCCCUCUCCCCAAGGCUAUUGAGCAGAAGGACUCACAAUACUUGACAUACAAGCUAGAUGCUUAUGCGCCGUCCGCCUACCAGACCGAGACGCAAAAGACCAAAGUCAAAUUCCCCAGUUCCAAGGUCCCCGACUACACAACUACCUCAAAGCUUAAGUCAGGAAGUGAUCCGGAGAAGCAAGGCAGCACCUACACAUAUGGACCAUACACCAAGGUGGCGCCUGGUGCCACGUAUCCGCUGAGCUUCCGCUUUGAAUCCACAAAACCCGUCCUAGCCAGCUCACUACUAGAACGAGACAUCGAGGUAUCCCACUGGGGAGGCAACCUUGCCAUCGAGGAGCGCUACUGGCUCCGAAACGACGGCGCCAACCUAUCCAAGAACUUCGACCGAGUCGAAUGGGCCAAGACCUCGUACGGCGGCUUUGCGACCACUUCUGCUUUGCAGGAGUUGGUAUACCCGCUCCAACCGGGUUCUGUCGAUCCUUAUUUCACAGAUGAUGUCGGCAAUGUGUCUACCAGUCGCUAUCGACCCGGAAAACCUGGCCGAGAUGCCCACCUUGAGCUCAAGCCUCGCUAUCCCCUGUUCGGUGGCUGGAAGUACAGUUUCCGCGUGGGAUGGAACAACCAGCUUUCCUCAUUCUUGCGACAGAUUGGCGCCGAGUCGUACGCUCUCAAAGUCCCUUUCAUUGAGGGACCCAUUGCUUCUGAGGGUAUUCAGUACGACCAUGUUGUCGUCCGUGUCAUUCUUCCCGAGGGCGCAACGGAUGUUCGCUACGAAGUAGUCGAUGGCGAUGCGCCAAAUGGCCUCCCAGACGCAUCGCGCAUUGAGUCUAGCAUUUCCACUCACCGCACGUUCAUGGACACCGUUGGACGCACCGCGUUGACCUUGAAGGUUGAUAACUUGUCUGACGAAGCUAGAGAUUCGGAAAUCCUAGUCACGUACACAUAUUCCUUCACAGCCGGCCUUCGCAAACCCCUAACCAUUGCAGCGGGCCUAUUGGCCGUACUCGCAGGUAUAUGGUUCAUAGGAAGUUUGGACGUGAGUAUCAAGAAGCGAUGA